CGAAGGAGCCACCCUACCUAUAGCCUCUUCCACUGCUGUCCCCGUCCUGCCAUGGCCAGUUCCAUGCUGGGCUUCCUCCUCCUGCUGCUGCUGCUGAUGGCUGCCCACCCUGGACCCUCGGAGGCCCAGCAUUGGUCCCACGGCUGGUACCCUGGAGGAAAGCGAGCCUCCAACUCACCCCAGGACCCUCAAAGUGCCCUUAGGCCCCCAGCCCCCAGCGCAGCCCAGACUGCUCAUAGCUUCCGAAGCGCUGCUCUGGCUUCCCCCGAGGACAGUGUGCCCUGGGAGGGCAGGACCACAGCAGGAUGGUCUCUCCGCAGGAAGCAGCACCUGAUGCGGACACUGCUGAGCGCAGCCGGAGCGCCGCGCCCCGCCGCCGUCCAAUAAAGCCGUGAGAUUCCCGAA